AUGUGGACAGUCUGGGGGGUUCGAAGUGCAGAAGACGACAAAGUUCUCCGAAUUGUUCAAAUUUCAACAUUCAGGAUCCAUUCAAAAACGACAUUUGACUAUGAGAUGUUUUUAUCUCAGCUCUAUAUCAAGCCUCGACAAAACUCUAAGCCUUCCCGCGCCACCCGACUUGGCUGGCGACUCGGCCGUGUCCCAGCGCACGCCCAGGCCGACUCCUCCAGUCAGAAGCUCGGAACUUUGUAUCGGCAGUUGGCCAGACCAAGCGAGGUUCCCGGUGGAACCCUGGUGGAUCGGCUCAUCUUCGGCCUCGUCUUGCUUUUGUCAUCAAGGCCAAAUUUGACCUGCACUCGGCUCGUGUACCUAUCAAACGGCCAACGACAUCCUGGCCCCGGCAAAACCCCCGAACUAGAACUACCGGAGGGACCGCCACACCCCCAUCACGACGCUCCAAGUCACACUGGUAUCGCCUUCAUGGACCUAUCGUAG